AGACUUUUGGGGUCCGUUCGCUCCCUGGAGUUUCACUUCCUGUUUUCCACCCGACUGAGCUUCACUCUGCAGGAUCGCCCUCCAUCAAACCAUAUCUGCUCAACCAACGACAGACCACUGUUCCUGCAAAUGGCUCCCGGGUGGCUCUUCUUCUGCACCGCGGGGCUGCUGCUCUCCGUUCACGCCCUCCGGAUCCACGCACAGUGCGGAUCUGGGAUUCCCGGCAUUCCCGGGAUACCCGGCACCCAUGGGCCCAACGGCAAGGACGGGCUAAAGGGGGAGAAGGGGGAUCCGGGUGAUGCAGGUACACCCAUCAAAGGCCAGAAAGGGGUGACGGGUUGGCCUGGCCCCCCGGGACGGUCGGGUUUGAAGGGGGAUGUGGGCCUGCCGGGGCCCGCCGGCAAUCCGGGCCCGAAAGGAGAGAAAGGAAGGCCCUUCAACCUCAUCAGUCAGAACAAACCCAUCUUCUCCUACAAAUGGAUCUCUCCGACGGCUCCAGAGCUGGAUACCGCCAUGAACUUCAGCGGAGAGAUUUUGCCAGACGUGGUCCAUCCGGGUGAGAAGGUGACUCUGGAAGAUGGGAUGUUCAAAUGUGAAACCAAAGGCAUCUAUUUCUUCAGUUACCACAUCUCAGCAAGGAGCAAAGUGUGUCUGAACCUGAUGAAGAACGACGCCGUUCACACGACGCAGUGCGACACGUCCGAGGGCUUCCUGGUCACGUCCGGCUCGGCCGUCCUGGAGCUGGAGCCCGACGACACGGUCUCCCUGCAGAUCACCAAGUUCAACAACUUCGUGACCAACCUGGCCAGCACCAGCCACACCCUCACCGGCUUCCUCAUCUUUCCGACCUCCUGAAGCCCCGUCCACCGGGAAUUCCCAACAGCAGACAGAAGAAAUACUCGAGUUUUGGCUCAGCUUUACAUUUAACCUCGAUUCUCCUAAAUAUAGCCAAUAAAGUUUAAUGCUGAGCUCGAAUCUUUGAUUUCUCGGCACAAAACAGUCAAACAGCUCAAAUAAAAAAAAAGUGAAA